AUGAGAAACGAUGUGGACUGCUCUUCUCUUGAACCAGUCAACAGGCACUAUUAUACCGGUGUGUAUUAUCCGAAACCUUACCAACAUAAUUCUUCACCUCAGUUUAGGAGCUUCAAUGGAGUCUAUCACAGAAUAAACUCUAAGCCUCAUUUUACUGUCCACCGUGGACUAGACUUCUCUUCUAAUAAGUUUAUGUCCAGUCAUGGAGAUCCUGAGGAACAUGUGCGUCCAAAGCAUUCCCAUUUUAACAAUACAAGAUGGAAUGGAUGGCAUAACGAUCGACUGAAUGAAGAUACAAUUAGAUUCAAUGGGAAGGAAGCCAUACAGCUCAAUGGGAAAGAAACCAUGCACUUGAAUGGAAAGGAGACCAUGCGUGUUCUGAACAAUAGGUUGGCAUCGUACAUGACGGAAGUAGACUCAUUGAAAGAGCACAAUGCCCAGUUAGAGAAGACUAUCCAAGACGAGUAUCAGAAAAGUCAAGCUGAUUCUUAUCCGGAUUACAGUGAGUUCUACAAUAUUGUCGGUAAAAUCCAGACUAAGAUAUCAUCUGUCAAGGCUGACAAUACCAAUUUAGUUCAGCAGAUACACAGUGCAUAUUUGGCUGCAGAAAACUUCAGAAAUAAAUAUGACGAAGAGUCUAGAAUGAAGACCAAUGCAGAGGAAGAUAUCUAUUGUAUGCAGAGAAUUCUCGAGGGAGUACAGAUGGAAAGUCAAACCAUGGAUGCGGAUAUCGAGAAUCUCUUACAAUUAAUUGCACAUUUAAACAGCGAGCAUGAGGAGGAGGUAAAUCGUCUUGCCGUUCAGCUGGGAGUCAAAGUCAAUGUGGCAAUGGAUGUAGCACCAACUAUGGAUUUAACCGAAGCUUUGUCGGAAAUUCGAGAGGAAUAUGAAAGUCUUUUAGAGAGGAACCUAAAGGAGGCUGAGGACAUCUUCCGUUCAACACAUUCAGAGUUGGAGCACAGGCUAUUUUCUGGUAAAGAAGAAUUGGAGGAAUUGAAGGAAGAAAUGAUUGACCUGAAGCACACAGCACACGCUAUGGAGAUAAAACUACAGACGCAACUCCAAAUGAAAUCGGUUCUCGAGACAAGUCUUGAAGAGACAUUCGAGAAUAACUCUGUGCAGCUCACAGAGCUUCAAAGUGACAUAGACUCCUUGCAAAGUCAACUGGAAGACAUCCUAAUGUAUAUGAAAGAUCAAGACCAAAAGUAUGGGAUUCUCAGUGACCAGAAAACGUUCUUGGAGAUGGAGAUUGCUUCUUACAGACACCUGAUUGAAGGAUCUGGAAUCCAAUGAAGACAAAUGAGCGAAUAUUCUGGACAUCGGAUAAUGAAUACCAGAAAAUAUAUCAAACCCUAUGCCUGAAGCUUUGACAAGUCCUCCUAUGUUUGAAAAUGAUUUCAAUAUCUACCUUCUUUUAUUCCCUAAAUCCUGCCUUAUCCUUUGAAAAAUUGAGAUGGAAUUUUGUAUGUGUCAAAUCCAAUGAUUUUGAAAGAAAUGCAUAUAUUUUAAAAGACAUAAGUAUUGUCUCUAUUCUUAGACUCGUGUAACGUAUUCUUUGGCCACCAGAUGUUUGGUGAGAAGU